AUGCAUAUCACAGGAGGAGAAGCUCUUCAGGGAGAGACGGGGGGAAAUGGGUACGAGUACAACGAUCCACUUUCCGUCAUCUCUCCAAAGCCCAUCUCCCAGCGGCGGAGACUAGCAGAGUGGAUUGCCCUCAUCACGAGGCGGCGCACCACCCGCUGCCAAGAAGGAGCCACUCGCUGGGAUUGCGGGGAUGGGUCAGGAAGACCGGAGCAUCGCAUUGCAGUUUGGACCCGGGUUGUCUUUCUCUCGUGGAGCGAUUGGGAUCAGGUUGACGUCGAGUUGGAUUGCCUCGGAUUGGGGCCGGUCAAGGGUCGCCGGCCGGUGGAAGACCAGGCGCUGGACUGUCGUACGGUACUGGUAAUUCGGGCCGUCCCAGGCCACGUCAUGCUGGCGAGUGCGAACGCACGGCGCUCAGACCAUGUCCGAGACGUCGUGGCGGAUGGUUUCGGAAUGUACCGUUGUUUCUCAAUCGUUUCUGGUAUGAAGAGAAUAUCGAAUGCCGAGUCUGUUGUUCAGAAUAUCCUCUACGAAAAUGGAGCCCUUUCGUCCCAGAUUGAAGCCGAGAAGGCCAAAUCCGGGCCGUGGCCACGUGUCCUCUACCGGCUAAAUCAUCGACCGCGAACGGCCCAGGGUCCAAGGAUCCAACCACCUUCGCUGGAUGCUCAAGCUACACAACCAAACACAACAAGUAACACAGAAAAUGGUAACACUCUCCCCAUCGCAAUUGAAUUCCCAGCGAUAAGCGUGCCAACAGCAGUCCACCACUCCGGGAAUACCACUGAGGGUGACGAGAGCAGUUCACAACCGAAGUCUGUCCUCGUCAUCACACAGCGCAAGCAGAUCUCAUCCACCGAAUGA